AUGGACGCUGACGACUCGGAAGAUGGUCGUUCGGAGUGUUCGCUUGAGUUGAGCGACCAAGAAUGGGAAAGCUUUGUGCGGAACGUGCGUGAUGGAGAAGUUGAGCGUGAUUUUGAUGUUGACGAACAUGAUUUUGCGCAUGGAACCUCGGGAAACGCAUGUUGUGAGCAUGAGCAUGAGCGUGAGUUGUCGGACGCAAGCAUAGCAUGCAUGGAAUGCAGCAAGAACAGUAGUUCCGCAGAUGUCGUCGGUCAGCUUGAGCGUGAAGGCGUUGGAAGUUGCAUUAUCUUGGAAAGCAAGGACAGUAGUUCCACAGAUGUCGUCGGUCAGCUUGAGCGUGAAGGCGUUGAGAGCAUAGGAGUAGCAACACAUCAUGCCCUCAUGUGUCCGCAGCACGCCAUGGCAUUCUCACAAAGGAGCACCGACGACGGCCUCUUCUUCCUCGUGGACUCAGGAGCGAGCGUGCAUUUGCUUGCGGAGAGCCUGGUACGAGACGGUCAUGUUCAAGUGGUGGAAGAACUUAGUGCAGAAGGCCCAGGCUGUGUCACUGCUACUGGAGCUCCCAUAGAAGUUCGUCGAAAGGUUCGAGUACGAGCGAUGUUUUUCUUGGAGCCUUCGAAAGCAACUAGUGAAGAGGUAGCAUGUGUAGAGUUUGUGGCCCUCUUGGCGCCGGUACAGUUCUCCCUGUUGUACCAGUUUCGGACGCACUGGCAGCAGAAUUGCUGUUGGCUUGAGAUUCGGAGCACAGGCCCAGUGCCCCACAACGUUCUUCUUCGUCGUUGCAAGAUGGAGAGGCGAGUGAAAGGCUUCGAGUCCUCCAGCUCCGAGGGACGCGAAGAAAGGAAGAGGGCGCGGCAGAAUCGAAAGGAGAAGCCAGUGGAGGAAGAGUCGAUGGAAGUGGUGGGAUCGAAGACCCACUUCACGGUGUUCCCGGUCGAGACCGCAAUGCCCGUCGAGACCACAGUGCCCUUCGAGACCACAGUGCCCUUCGAGACCGCAGUGCCCGUCGAGACCACGGUGCCCGUCGAGACCCCAGAAAGCUCCCCGAAGAUCUCCGGAAAGACCAAGACCGAUCCUCCGACGCCAGAGACAAAGAAGAAGCCGAGGACGGAAGUGUUUUUGGUGCCCGCGGCCGGCAGCACCCAAGCAAUGGAAGUGGGCGAGGGAGAGACGGAGGAGCAGAUGAGAGUCAGGCUCACCCCGGCGGCGGAGAACCUGCCCCAGCCGAGGUUCAUGAGGUCAAAGGCGGAGGCAGUGCGCGUGCGUCGCCUGCUGAAGUACCGUGGAGGAGCAAGCGCGGCCAGCGCCAGCAGUGGGCCGAAGACCAAGGCGAUGCCCAAGAAGAAGACGGUGAUCCGCACCAAGGCGAUGCCGAAGAAGAAGACGGUGAUCCGCACCAAGGCCAUGCCGAAGCCCCCGACGCAUCACACCCAGACCGUCCAGAGAGAGAUCCCGCUGAGCAAAAAGGAAGUGAGGAGCCUCCCCAUACUCACGUUGAAGGACCACCUGGACCACCACCACUAUGCCGUCAUGGAGGCCAACCGCGUCGCGAACCUGAUGAAGCCCUUGGCGGUCGACCAGAAGGAGUUCCAGAUCGAGAGCAGCGCCGUGAUGAUCACCAAGGAUCGGGCUACGGUGACGAGUACCUCAAGACCACCGCCGAAGAGCAUCACGUUUGCCAGCACCGCCGGCACCUCCGACACCAGCACCGGGAAGCAAAGGCACGACGACAGCCCCAACGCCUCCUCCGGAACCGGAGACACCACGUUCCUCUGCGUCUUCCUGGAGCAUGGUGACGAACAAGUGACAGAGCCGAAGCGAUCGGAGCAGAAACAUGUGCGUGCGGAACUUGGGUUGGCAGGAGUUGAGCGUGAGUUGGUUGUUGGUGUUGAGGGAGAGGGAGAACGAGUUGAGCGUGAUGGUGAACCAGCCUUGAUUUCUUUCUUGCAAGACUGCGCAAAGGAGCUCCCCGCAGCAUCGGUCGAGAAAGUGCCAGUGGAUCGGCACGCUCCGUCUGCAGAAAGAGGCAUUAGGACCGUGAGAGAGCUUGCGAAUGUGCAGUUGGUGCAGUUGGAGAAGGCAGGUUUGAGCGUGUGUGGACCAGCAAUGCCAUAUCUGUUGUCUCAUGUUGCCACAGCACACAAUAGGUAUUCGCUAGAAGACGGCAGCGGCUUGACGCCCGAACAAAGAUUUAGACAGAAGGCCAUCACCCCACACCCGAUGUAUGUGUUUGGUGCCACUGUCUUGGCUGUACCGCCACCAUCGUUGCGGAACCGAGUGACCGGAAGAAUGGUGAAGGGAGCGUAUCUUGGACCCGAAGUCGGAUCAGGGUCGCAUUGGGUGCGCGUUCAGACCAACGACGGCCAGCUCAGGGUGAUGAGAUCGCCAAAAGUUCACAUGGUGGUCCCGAUGAGAUUUGAGAUGGGUCUGGUAAAGGGGGUGUUGAAGAUACUUCCUGGAAGGCCCCGACCGCCUCAAGAAGAAGCGCUGCCUGUAGACCAGCUUAAGCACCUCCCGCUGCCGGACACCAACCUCCGUGGACCCACGCCUGAGUGGAUUGAGAAAUAUGGACCCACGCCGAAAUGCAGGGCAUGCCGAGCGAGAUUGCCAAAGGGGGUGAUCGAGAGCACUCUGCGACACACUGAGAAGUGCAGAGCUAGGUAUGCGAAAUUUGUGCGUGAACAGUUUGAUUCCGGAACAUAUGUGUUGACGGAUGAGGGCGCGCAACAUGAUGACGGCGCAGGCAUUGGUGACCUUGAGUUUGGUGAGGACGUUGAGCGUGAAGUUGAGCAUGACACUGUUGUACAUGGUAACCUAGUUGAGCGUGCGUUGGCCGGUGAGGAUGUGCCAGAGUUGGAGCUGCCCGGAGAUGUAUCCGGAGGAGGCCUGUCAGAAGCAGAACCCGACUACGAGCCCGGGGAAGCUGCGGAGGACGAAGAAAGGGGACCUCUGGAGGAUUACGUGGUGGCUGAAGAAGACUUGAUGACGGUUGAGUCAGAACCGCUUGAGCACGCGCCUGAGGAUGCCAUGAUGGAAAUCGCGAGCCGAGUUAGUGAACGCGAGGCAGUGUUCGCAGCUACUCCACCUGGUAGAGAAGAAGUUGUCACUCUGGGAGGAGGACAGGUGAGAGUCGCCAAGCCGUCUGGGUCACGAGACGACGUGACGGAAGUGUCGCUUGACUUAGAG